UGGUAGAAGUGACAUUGUCACCGGAAAACGAAAGGACUACGGGGCAAAGCAGUUGUGUAAGGCGAGAAAACUGCUUUGAUAACUAUGGAAAAGAAGGAAUAUGUGUCCCUUUAUCAAAUUGUAAAGAGCUGUCUGAAUCGACGAAAUCCAACGAUAUAGUCUCGUUGGCAGAAUGGAACCGCAUAGGAGCGUUGUUCAGGGCAUGUAGCCACAUCUCUGCACUUGAAACGAUGGUUUGUUGUUUCACGGAGCUAAAACCGAACAAACUUGAAUACUACGUCCCAAAAACGUGUGGCCAUCCACCGGAGGCGAACGACACAUUUGGAUGGACCGUGUUAAUAGGAACAGGACACUUUUAUCGUAGAUGCAUUGGCACUCUGAUCAACAAUGCCUUUGUUCUGACGGCGGCUCAUUGUGUGAUGGGAGUGGAACCGCAUGAAAUUACAUUGUAUUUUGGAAAGAUUCCGGUGCGAGAGUUGCCUCAAUGUUUAAAGCAGGAUCAGUGUCAGACGGCUAUGGCUCUUAAUUUUACGGUGCACCCAGAGUUCAGAAAGAACACGAAGCACCUUUUCAACGUAGCAGUUAUCGAGACGAACCUGAACGUACAACCAACGUUGGGAAACUACAUUUAUCCGAUUUGUCUUCCGCUCAACGCCACAGAAGAGGAUACGGAACAAGCAAAGAGGCACAUUUCACGACCGCGCAUCUAUAACGCAAACAACGAAAUACAGGAGGCAUGUGGAUAUUCGGGGGCACCAAUCGUUGUGAAGGACGCUAGGCGGUAUUAUGUCGUCGGAGUAGCCAAUCAUCCCGUAGCAUGUGAUCGGAAUAGGGUAAAGCGCGACGUAACACCAAUCAUGGAGUAUGUAGAUUGGAUACUCAGUACUCUGCCACACGGUAAAGAAGAACCCACAACAAUCAAACCUUAAACCCGGAACAAACGGGUUCAAAAUAAACAGCUAACUACGUCGGGAAUGUUGUUUUCGCUUUGAGAAGUACGAAACGCGCCACGAAAGUUCCUACUAGUGCUUUUGUUCUACGUUGUGUUUUAAAUGCGCUGUUUGCUCAACGGUUCGCUCGGAACAGAACAGUGCUGUCAAAAACCACCGCCAACUGUCAAAAAUAAAAUCCAGUAUGGCGGUGCAAAAAGUG